CGUUCCUUUCUAAAUGAAUCACCUUUUCGGCAAUCAAUGAUUUUCUGAGUAGAGUCAAGUAUUUGAUAAUACGGUAUAUUGGUCCAUUUGACCACAAAUCACAACCGGCCAGAUCGUCCAGUUGGUAAGCUGUCUUUGUCUCCUGGGUUUGCGACAUUUGUUUCGGCCAUGGUAGGAUCGCUGCUAUCCAGGCACGCCCUGCAGGUGCACGGCGCUGUCCUCCUGGUGGCAGUGCUGUUCCUCAAGCAAUGCAGCUCUCAGGUAUGUGCCCCUUGUACCUGCGCUGCUGACACGGCUGACUGCACGAGUAAGUCGGUGACAACGGUUCCAUCGACCGUGCCAAGUACCAUCAAGCGCUUGAUCUUGCAAAACAAUCCAAUUGACCUGAGCAGCACUAACUUCGGCCGGUUCAAAGAUCUUGAGUACCUUGAUCUUCGUAAUACAUUUCUGACGAGCGUGCCAGAGGCACAGUUCCUGACCAACACAAAGCUGAAGACUCUAGCCUUGGAUGAGAAUCUGCUGACCUCUCUGCCAGCCAAGCUUCUUCACAGCCUCACUGGCCUCAAACUUCUUGGGCUACGUGUAAACAGGUUAAAAACAUUCCCUGUGGACUUCUUCAAAAACAACGUGCUUAUGGAAACUCUUUAUAUGGAUGCAAACAAUUUCACCUCAAUUCCUUAUUCAAUAUUUCAUGGCCUGAACCUGGAUUAUCUAUACUACGCAACUACGGGUAGAGCGAGCGAGCUUGGCAGCACAGGCAUUGCCGGAACAUGCCCAUUUGCAAUGCAAUUCUCACUUGGACUCCUUGCCUAUACUUUUGACCCAUUACUAGAACACGGUGUGAAAUUGGUCGCCAGUUCUUGCAGCGGUGCUCUCGUCCAAUGCUAUCAGUUUAACAUGGCUACCAAGUAUUUUUGUGAAUGUCCUACUGGAACACUCUACAAUGGAACGCAAUGUGUACACGUCACACCCGUCUGUAACCCGACAUCGCUCAGUAUGCCAUCAUGUUCAACAUAUCCCACGUGCACACCAAUUGCCACAACCUCCAACUACCAGUGUGUUUGCCCGGCAGGCUUCAACAUCUCCAGUGAUGGCCAUGUGUGCGAAAAUUUUGAUGAGUGUGCCAGCCGCACUCAUACAUGUACAGGCGAUGAAGUUUGUGAGGACACCUAUGGCAGCUUUACGUGCACCUUGACAUGCAAGGUGGGGUACUUUGGCUUCAAAACUCUGUGCAGAAACCUAGACGAGUGUGCAAUGAAGGGUCUGGUAAACUGCUCAACAAAUCAGGCAUGCGUGGACACAGACGGAUCAUAUGCAUGCCGAUGUGCACUCGGGUUCACAGGUAAUAGUGGAUCUUGUGUCGAUAUUAACGAAUGUAAUCCAGUGAGUGGCAAUCCCAUCACUUGCCCGCCUAACUCUACGUGCCGCAACACAAUCGGAUCAUACUCUUGCGAGUGCAACACCGGCUUCCAGGCCAAUGCGCUAGCCGCCAACCAGUCGUGCCCGGUGACGAUAUCAACCAUGUGUGAGAAUGUGGAUGAAUGCAAAAGUGGAGCAUUUUCGUGCGCAGCAAACAGGCACUGUAAUGACACAGUCGGUUCCUAUGUAUGCGAAUGCAACACGGGUUAUGCAGCUCAAGGGGGAAGUGGGAGUUGCAUCAAUAUCAAUGAAUGCACAUCUCAUGUCGGAAUUUGCAGUCUAUCGGAAACUUGCAUUGAUACCCUCGGCUCAUACAUCUGCAUCUCCAAUGACGAAGGAGUACGACUCUUUGGACCCCUGAUCACAACUGCACCACCGCCCACCACACCGACCACUGCACCCACCUCCUGCAUGAGUGAGAGUUCAGUCGCCAGUUCUUGCAGCGGUGCUCUCGUCCAAUCCUAUCAGUUUAACAUGGCUACCAAGUAUUUCUGUGAAUGUCCUACUGGAACACUCUACAAUGGAACGCAAUGUGUACACGGCACGCCCAUUUGUAAACCGACAUCGCUCAGUAUGCCAUCAUGUUCAACAUAUCCCACGUGCACACCAAUUGCCACAACCCCCAACUACCAGUGUGUUUGCCCGGCAGGCUUCAAUAUCUCCAGUGAUGGCCAUGUGUGCGAAAAUGUUGAUGAGUGUACCAGCCACUCUCAUACAUGCACAGGCGAUGAAGUUUGUGAGGACACCUAUGGCAAUUUUACAUGCACCUUGACAUGCAAGGCAGGGUACUUUGGCUUCGGAAAUCUGUGCAGAAAUCUAGAUGAGUGUGCACUGAAGGGUCUGGCGAACUGCUCAGCAAAUCAGGCAUGCGUGGACACAGACGGAUCAUAUGCAUGCCGAUGCGCACUCGGGCUCACAGGUAAUAGUGGAUCUUGUGUGGAUAUUAACGAAUGUAAUCCAGUGAGUGGCAGUCCCAUCACUUGCCCGCCACACUCUACGUGCCGCAACACAAUCGGAUCAUAUUCUUGCGAGUGCAUCACCGGCUUCCAGGCCAAUGCGCUAGCCGCCAAUCAGUCGUGCCCGGGGACGAUAUCAACCAUGUGUGAGAAUGUGGAUGAAUGCAAAAGUGGAGCAUUUUCGUGCGCAGCAAACAUGCACUGUAAUGACACAGUCGGCUCCUAUGUAUGUGAAUGCAACACGGGUUAUGCAGCUCAAGGGGCUGGUGGGAGUUGCCUGAACAUCAAUGAAUGCACAUCCCAUGUCGGAAUCUGCAGUCUAUCGGAAACUUGCAUUGAUACCCUCGGCUCAUACAUCUGCAUCUCCAAUGACGAAGGAGUACGACUCUUUGGACCCCUGAUCACACCUGCACCGACGCCCCCUGCACCAACCACCGCACCCACAACCGCUCGGAGCGUUACCACUGCACCAACCACCGCACCAACCACCGCACCAAUCACCGCCACAACCACCGCACCAAUCACCACAUCCACCUCCGGCAUGAGUGAGGGUUCAGCAGCAGGUUCCCUUGGAACUACAGGAACAGCCGCACUGGCAGCAGCUGGUGCCGUGUUCAUGAUCGCCAUCAUCCUAGUGAUUGUCAGCAUCGUGCUGGCUAAACGUUCGAUGAUCCACCGUCCUGCACAUCUGCCGGUCAACGGAAAGGACUCGACGCCUAAUCAUUCAUUAUCAGCGGCGUGGGUUCCCAUGCGGUCACAAUCAAGCCCGUACGAUGAACACACCGUCUCAAGACCCAGUCAGCAAGUAUCGCCAGCCACUUCACCUGUGCUGACCGACAACAGUGCGUAUGGCUUUGCACAGCAGAGCCAGUCGGCACCCUUGGUACAACAAAGUCUUCGUCCAGCCAAUAGGAUUUCAGCUGAGCCAACCUAUGAAGUAGCUGAGACAGCAGGCACCCGGCUGGGUAGUGCGAUCUCUAAGCCACGGAUGGAUUAUGAGGAACCCAUGUAAAACAUAUUUCAUUUCUGCCUCUGGCCACGUUUUACAAUCCAAUCAUGGUUGCUUCUUUUUUCGUCUUUGUUUUUAUUCUCAUUGGGCGCUUUCGAUUACACGCAUUUAGGUCAAUUCUAGAAUUAGUUAUUGUUGAUGCACAGUUUGAUUACACAAAAAGUGACAAAUUCCGUCAGAAUUGAUUUUAUCCAAUUCCGUCGAAACCGUCAAUUCUGAAGAGAGGGCGGAAUUUCUCUAAUUCUGGCGCCAGAAUUGCACCGUCGGUGUGUUACCGGUCUGGUCAUGACUCAAGCGCUUCGAGUAUUUCGUCUUUUUUGACGAGGACGUAUUACUGGGGUAUCGCACGCCGGAGAACCCCACGAAAGUUGUGUUGGAUUUCCCAAAUGAUGACACAACAUUGCACAAGUUCAACGAAGUGCUUCUCCAAGAUCGGCCCAUGAAAGCAUGGGUCAGAGAACUGGUAUGGUAUGGUAAGAGAUAUGAUAUUACAUUUUACUUCGGUACCUCAAUAGCAUUGAGUACUGUUCUACAAUGAUAGUCGAAGGAGAUGAAUUGCUGCGCACUUAUUGUGAACUUCAUUCCUUUUUCACAUACAUGCAGCUUUCUCACUUGCCCCUCCUCACUCCGCACUUGCGCAUACCACUUCUUGCCUUGUAAUCACGCCUUCACUGCUGUUACUUUUAGCAUAUUAAUGUUUCUCGUAUUAGUUUUAGAUCAAAUUUUAUUCACUUCAUUCUUUUUGGUAGCUAAUGCCCCAAGGGCGAAAAUUUGGAGAUUUCAUUUCUUUUCAAAAGAAUUUGCAGCGUCAA